AUGAAGGGGGACAUUCUUGUGAAAGUGGUUGUUGAGGCAACAAUCCUGGCAGAAAAAAGGGGACUAUUCGUCGACUUUGUUACCUGCGACGGCGCCUGUUGGAACCGGAACAUGUGGAAGAGAUUGGGCAUUGGAGCAAUUAGCCAGAGGAACUGUGACCAGGGCGAGCUAGCGUCAUUGCUGCAGAUCGAUGCUGCUACUGACACACUGCCACAAGACGAUUCAGUUGGCAGUGCAAGCACUGUGGAUGAGCCUAGUUCUGUACCAGCACCUAUUGACCACAACCAGCAUAUUGCUAGAAGUGAUUCCAGGCUGAUCUUUUAUGUUGCUGGCUAUAUUGCGCGAAAGUGUGUCAUGAAAACAAACUGCGAAGUUUGCAUAACCCUACUCAUGAUGCCAGCUCAGGGAGAAGAUUUUCAGCUCGCUCGUCUGACCACCUUUCGUGACAAAGGUGGACUGUUGUAUCCAUCUAGCCACCUGUACAGUUUUGUGAGCAAGCUAGAAAACAUGUUUACGGAGUGCUUUUCUUGCCACAAGUUGCAUUCGGACAGCAUUUUGGAUGUAUUGGCAAUCGUGAAAGAAAGGUUUUCCCAAGAAGUUGGGUGCGCACAACAUGCCCCUGGCCUCUCAAAAGACGUAAUCAGCUUUUAUAUCGUUACACGGUUACACUUUUUUGUGAAAGACAUUAAUUCUGAUAGAUCAGAGAAGCGGGAAAAGGCAAAGCAUCUAAAGUUGAGCCGCUGCUCCUGA